AUGGCUGGUUUAGAGACCAAACAGCUAAAUAGGCAAGCAGCAAAGGCAUCAAAAGACGAAAAAAAAGAAAAAAGCAAGGUUAAAAAGGCGCUUACGGAGGGAAAUAACGAUAUUGCUCAAAUAUAUGCGCAGAAUGCGGUUAGGAAGAGCCAAGAACGAUUAAAUCUUUUGAGGUUGUCUUCUCGGAUCGAUGCGGUCGCAUCAAGAAUACAAACAGCAGUGACGAUGCAGGCUGUAACAGGUAAUAUGGCACGGGUCGUCAAGGGAAUGGACAGAGCAAUGCAGACAAUGAACUUAGAAAAGAUUACGAUGGUUAUGGACAAAUUUGAGGAUCAGUUUGAAGACAUGGAGAGCUCCACAAACUACUAUGAAAAUGUUUCUAAUGAAAUGAAUGCUACGCAACAACCGGAGGACCAGGUCCACUUGUUGAUGCAGCAGGUUGCUGAUGAAGCUGGAAUUGAGCUGAAACACAAGAUAGGAGACGCCAAAGUCAGCAAUUUGAAGGUACCUGCCCAAAAGGAAUCAGUGUCGGAGAAUACAGAGGAUAAACUAAGUGAGAGACUCAGAGCUUUACACGGAUUUCUACCUGAAACCGUAGACGAAAGAUAUAGUUCAUUAUUAAUAAAGGAUUCAGAAAGUGGGCACUGUCUGUUGCGCCGAGAAGCAAGGCCAGCCUUGAAUUCGAUCAACAUGAUGAAUUCCUCUUUAUCAGAGCUUUGCAAUCAAGGCCACAUAUAUUUCGAAGGUGACUAUCCUCAACAGCAAAUACCCUCUAUUGCUCAAAGUCUUCAGACAACAAUCCGUAGGAAAACCGACUUGAUAGCCAAGCAAUGUUCUUUUGUCAAUGGAAUGUCAGAUUUUGUUCUUCUAUUCGAUGAUGUUACCAAAAAAUUUCAUUUGGAUCAAUUUGGAGGUGUCUUGAGACUGAAAAAGUCCAGAGAGGAUGCAAAAAUCAAUGAUAUGUUUUCAGACUUUGAAAGAGCCAAAGGUAAAGAAGCUGUUACUGUCGAAAAUACUGGAAAAUGUAAAAGUUUUGUGGAUUUCAUGAUUCAAAUGAUAAAAGCAGACAAUAGAAGUAUGCAACCACAUAAUAAAUUACAUAGCUGCAGAACCGCAUCAGCAAAGCAAUCCAUAUUUCCAGUAUUGUCCAAAAAAGGUUCUACGGGACAAAUGUUGAAUCGGAAAAUCCGAAAACCUAAUUACAAGCCGAAGAAAAGUAAACUUUUAAGGGCUGCCGAAAGAGCUGUUGGGUUAUCAAAAAAGGCUAGGCAAAAUUUUCAACACUCGAACAUAAAGCCUUUGCCACGACAUUCAAAAGAAUCACAAAAUGUUUUGAGUUCGACGUUAUCAUUAAAGCUCGAUAGACCUCAAAGACUAGGACAUAAAGUUGAGCAUGUUUCUCCCAAAGCGAAUCAAAUGAAGGAAGGCGAGGGAAAUGUUUUGAGUGAUAAGGACCUAACGAAUCUUGCAGAUGAGCUUGAAGAGGAGUUGGGAGGAAUUCAAAAAGGGAAGUCUCGUUGUAGCCGGAAGGAGAAUGAAGAAAAGGAAGAUUUGGAUCAAGGACAUUCUAUCAACUUUUCUGAUUUCGGAAGCGACCUAAGUGAUUAUUCAGAUGCCAAUAAUGAUGUUGUUGAGGAUAGUGAUACGGGUGAGAUACAUGUAAUUGUGGAUGACAAUCCAAAAUUUAUGAGUUCUAAGAGGAGGCUGAGUGAAAAUGUUCGAAGUCCCCGCUUUGAUAGAAGGACCAUGUCUUCACCUCAAUUGCCAACCGUUUCACUUAAAAAACCAAUUAGUUUAAAAGAGUUGGCAACAAAUGAAAAUCUAAGGGUACUCAAAACCAGAAGUACAACUCCGAUUAGGCGAACCCCUGAAAUUGAAAGUUAUCAAACUACAAAGUAUCUUGAUGCUAAGAAAUCUGAGGAAAGUGCGCAGAGCGAUUUCGAUGAGGAUGCAUUAGAUAGAGCCUUAGAUAUUCUAGAAAGUGAGGCUAGUGAAGAAGACUAA